UAUUAGUUGGAUUAAUUAUUCAUAUAAUAUGGAGAAGAUGACAUCUCCCUUAUUAAAAUCAAUAAGAAUGUACUAAUAUUUGAGUUUACAAAAAAAAAAGAAUGUACUAAUAUUAUUCAUAUACUUCUUCUAUUUUAAUACAUGACGUUUUAUUGAAUUUUUUUUGUUUCCAAUUAGAUGAUGUUUUCAAUUUUAAUGUAAAAUUUAUUAGCUUUUUAUGUUAUAUGAUUAUUUGUGCUACGUUCUAUUUUUAAUUUGGUUGAAUUGUGUUUAACUUAGUAAAUAUUGUUGUUUUAGUGUAUAAAAUAUAUAAAAAAUAAAUGUUUCUUAAUCUGUAUGUACAAUCCUAAAACAUAGUUUAGUAAAAAAAAACAGAGAAUUUUUUGUCGAUUACGCAAACUGAAAUUGCUGCAUUAGAAAUGUAGUAGUCAUCUUUGUUAGAGUUUUAGACAUUUUCAUAAAUCACUGUAGAAGUUGUAGAAAUUAGUUCAAGAUGUAUAAAAAACUUUCCCUUUUCAAUUUUUAAUAUAUAUAAUAUGUAAAGCCAAAUAAUCUUCUUCAAAAUAAAUAUGCUUGAGACUGCAAAGGACACGUAGCCCAAUCGAUGAACAGAGGACGGCACCGAAUCAUUUUGACUUCACCUUUUCUUAUGAUAAAGAGUCUCAUCGUUUUUCCUAUAUAUACUUCGUACUCUUCUUUUAGGUCCCUACGUCUCUGUCUCUCUUUCUCUAUACUCUCAAUUCUCAGUUUCUUGAUUAAUCCAACAACAUUAAUUUUGUACAAUUUGACUCCAUUGAGUAAUCAUUAAUUAUUCUUCAAAACGAUGGGAAGAUCACCAUGUUUGGAUAAGAAAAUUGGGCUCAAGAAAGGUCCAUGGACACCAGAGGAAGAUCAAAAGCUCAUUGAUUAUAUCAAUAAACAUGGUUAUGGAAACUGGAGAACUCUUCCCAAGAAUGCUGGGUUAGAGAGAUGUGGUAAGAGUUGUCGUCUCCGGUGGACUAAUUAUCUCCGACCAGAUAUAAAACGAGGAAGGUUCUCAUUUGAAGAAGAAGAAAUCAUUAUUCAACUUCACAGCAUCAUGGGAAACAAGUGGUCUGCAAUUGCGGCUAGAUUGCCAGGAAGAACAGACAACGAGAUCAAAAACUAUUGGAACACUCAUAUCAGAAAAAGACUUCUAAAGUUAGGAAUCGAUCCGGUAACACAUAGUCCACGUCUUGAUCUUCUGGAUAUCUCCUCCAUUCUCAGCUCAUCUGUCUACAAUUCUUCUCAUCAUCAUCAACAAAACAUGUUGAGGCUUAUGAUGGGUGAUGGGCAUCAUCAUCAUCAGCCAUUAGUCAACCCGGAGAUACUCAAGCUCGCAACGUCUCUCUUUUCAAAUUCUCAACAACAAUACAAGAAUCAGAACAACCCCACCAAUACACACGAGGUUAACCAACCCGAAGUAAACCAAUACCAAACCGCCUACAAUAUUAUUGGUAAUCAAGAAUUACAAUCUUGCUUCCCUAGCAUGGAUCAAUUUGCAGAGUUUCAAGACCCCAUGCCAACGACGACGUUUCCAGAUUCAGUGCAUUCGCUCCCAUUGAACCAGGACUAUGAUUAUUCGACAUCUAACUUCGCGUUAGAACCUUUUUACUCUGACUUUGCUUCGGUCUUGGCCACACCCUCUUCGAGCCCGACUCCAUUAGACUCAAGCUCCACAACUUACAUCAAUAGUAGCACUUGCAGCACCGAGGAUGAAAAAGAGAGUUAUUGCAAUAAUAACUUCAUGAAUAGUUCUGAAAUAGGUCCUGAUUAUUCGUUUGAUGUUAAUGGUUUUCUGCAAUUCUAAGAAACACAUUAAAGACCCAUGGGAUAGAGUUAUUUAAUACUAUUGUAUUCAAUAUAUUGAUUUUGUUACAUAUGUAAGAUACUAUUUCUUAUUGUUUUUCCUUCUCAUUAUUUUAUACUAGUUUAAUA